UUCAGUGUGAAAAAAUAGUUUUGAUAGCAAAUGUGCUUAUUCAAAAGUAAAUUGUGAACUAUUUUCAUGUGAUGCAAAAACAUGUUGCUGUAAAGUUGUUUGCGUAUAAUGCUUCAAGGCAGAAACAAUGGGUUAUUUUUGGAUAUUUUUCAUUAUCAUACAUGUAAGUGCCAAAGGCCGUUACUCAUGUGGACCGGAUGGAAAAUGUUUCUGUUAUUCUAACGGGGAAAUGGACUGUUCAAGGACAAUGCUUCCAUUAAGUUAUAUUUGUGAACAUAUUGGUAAUAUUACAAAACAGAACAUUUCCACCUUACAUGUAGAGAACAAUGACAUAAGAGUAAUUGGGGCAAAAGAUCUAGAAAGAUGUGAAAGACUCUCCAGUUUGUUCCUAUCCGGAAACAAUAUAAGUAAAACAAGUAACUAUUCUUUCAGCUAUUUCGAAAUUCUUGAAGUCCUUGACAUUAGUCACAAUAAUUUGCGUGUGUACGUUGAAGACGGCGAACAGAUUCCUGUUUUUCCAACUUCCUUGACAACACUGAAGCUUAACGGAAACUUUGAGCCCAACAUGACCGAAAAUGAAGCAUAUCCGAACCUGCAAUACUUGAAUCAACUAACAGAGUUGUACAUCGAUGGUUUGAAAAACACAUUUUUUCCGAAAAGUUAUCGUAGCAUCAAAACUUUGAAACAGUUGGAAUUGUCUGGACUAAAUGGAUACUGCAACUUGCCUCUUGUCACCAACAGAACCUUUGAAAAUUUGAUAUAUUUGCGAGAGUUAAAUCUGUCUUCAUGUAAUAUUACACGUAUACACGCCGGGGCAUUUCAGAAACUUUCAAUGUUACAAAUCUUAGACUUGUCUAAGAACAUGCAGCUGGGAUUUCGGUGUAUGAGAAAUGUAUCUUUCAGCCUUCAGUUUACAGAUAUACAAAAUCUUAAUUAUUCGCAAGUGUACACGACGUUUGGGAUUGGUACACAAGUUCAGAAAAGAGAUUUCUGCUUUCUUUGGAAUACAACCUUGCGGGAGCUAUCUGUCAACAGUAAUCGUCUGAGACUGUUUGAAACAAACGCACUUUUGCUCCUUCCAAAAACACUUAACAUAGUCCACAUGGAGGAUAACAAAUUUACAUUUACCCCCUAUCUUUUGCAGCUAGGUUGCAUGUCAAACUUAACCAAGUUGUACACCAAUAGACAGAAUUCAGCUCACAAACCGAGUUUAUAUUUUCAGCAGCCAGAAAAUAUAGUACCUAAGUUUGACCCUGAUGUAGAAGACUGCCCUUUUAUGAAGGAGGACUUCUUACGUAACAUCAGUGAAUCUAUAGCUGGGUGUACUUAUUUCGAGCCAAACAAACCAAUAGACUUCAAAAAGAAUUUUCCUAAAGUUCCCAAACAAUUAAAAGAGGUUCAUAUGUCCGACAGCACUCUUCAUUAUAAUGUUACUACCAUUUUCAUCGAUCCACCAAACAAUAACCUUGAAUACAUUGAUCUUUCAGGGAACAUCUUGUAUUCGUGGACUAAACCUGUAGGACCGUUUCCAAAAUUGAAAUAUUUGGAUUUGUCCCGCAACUACGGAAUACAGGUGACACCCACAGCAACCAAGAAUCUUGGGUCAGUUGAAAAUUUUCAACUGUUUCAAAAUUUCCUUGGAUUGAUAUUAUCAGACGUCGAGGAAGGCUCUCAUAUAUUUGACAGCAUGAUUAACCUUAAAGUACUGAAUCUUUCAUCUAAUAUCAUAAAUGACCUAGCACCAAAUGUCUUUUCUAAUCUCUCUAAGCUUGAGAUGUUAGAUCUUAGUGUAAAUAAUAUCGACACAUGGACUGCCGAUGUCAAUAACUUGCACAAUCUGAACUACUUAAAUUUGAGAUUCAAUGCCAUUCACAACCUUCCCGACUAUCUUAGAACGAAGUUGGAAGAUAAUAUGAAACGGCACAGGAGAAGAUUUAAAAUUGACCUGAGAAACAACACGAUAACUUGCAAGUGUGAAGACAAAGAUUUCUUGCAGUGGAUGGUUAGAUACAAAAGUAACAUGGUAAGCUUUCGAGACUACAUUUUUGAAGACAGCACGGGGAAAAGAAUAUCAGCAGACGUUUUCAUAGCAAAGGUCAAAAGACUUGAUAAAGAAUGCCGAUCAUAUACUCUGGUGAUAGUUCUCAGUUCUGUUGCCCUGGCAACUUUUCUUGCGAUUUUGAUUGGUGGGAUUGUCUACCGAAACCGUUGGAAACUUCGGUAUCUAAUACGACUGUCUAAACUACGACAUUUUGGAUACAGAAACAUUACAGAUGAAGCUGAAAAUACUGAUUACUUAUAUGAUGCAUUUAUAUCAUAUGCCGACGAGAAUUCCCAGUUUGUAUCAGAUAAUCUUGUUCCAUAUCUUGAAAACCAUGGUGCAAAGCUAUGUGUACAUGGUAGAGAUUUCAUGCCUGGAAGGAACGUUAUUGACAAUAUUCUACAUGCUAUAAGGAACAGUAAGAAAACAGUUGCAAUCAUUUCAGAUGACUUCGUGAAAAGUAACUGGUGCAUGUACGAAUUCAACAUGGCGAGAAUGGACAAUAUUUACUCACGUGACGGAUCAAAUUGUCUGGUGGUGGUGAUGUAUGAAAACAUUCCAGCCAGGCAUAUGUCAAAUGAAAUGUUAGCAUGGAUUCAGUUAAACACUUAUCUGGAAUACACAACGAAUAAUGAAGGGGAGCAGCUUUUCUGGCAAAGUCUUUGUGAGGCAAUUGUUAAUUGAAUGAACAAUAAAACGCUUGUGAUGAUCAAAGAGAACGUGUAAAUAUUGAUAAUAGCAUAAAAUAUAUAGCAUAACAUUUAUUAUUAUAUAAAUGAAAUACUGAUUAGAACAGGUAUAUUGACGACCAGUUGAAUAGAGGAUAUUACAUGAGUGUCUUUUCAUAUUGAAUUUAUAAACGCGUCGGAUUAAACAAUAAAAUGUUAGACUCUG